CGGUUUCGGUUAAUUUUGUAGGGUAGGAAUUCGGAUUUUGGUUUUUCAGUUGAUGACCUUUAUUGGUAAAGAUAUUCUUCUGUGGUUCUAUCGCACCCGGCUUCUGAGUUUUGGGUUGAGCUGAGGGUGAGGGGAAAGCUCUCGUUCUUUGCCAUCUCGGUUGCCGGCUGUGAGGAGAACCAUCUUUGGUUAUUCCCUUCCUUUCAUGUCUCGUAACAUGGACAGUCCUGUGCAGACCCAGAUGGCUGUAGCAGCUUUCAAGAGUCCGCUUGGAAGUGGGGAAUACCAUGGGACUAAUGGGUUGGAAAGGAAAUCCUCAAGACGUGUUUUUGUACAGACCGAGACAGGCUGUGUGUUGGGGAUGGAGUUGAACAGGAGUGACAAUGUGAAUACUGUUAAGAGGAGGCUGCAGGUUGCCCUCAAUUUCCCCAUUGAGGAGAGCUCUUUGACAUUUGGUGAUAUGGUUCUGAAAAAUGACCUCAGUGCCAUUCGGAAUGAUUCUCCCCUGCUGCUAACAAGGAAUCUGAUGCAUAGGAGCUCCUCUACUCCAUGUUUGUCUCCCACUGGUAAGGACAUCCAGCAGAGAGAUCAAAGUGGGCCGAUCGAGAUAUUGGGUCAUUCAUUUCGCUUUGCUAAGACGAAACAACUCGUCAAGGAAACUGUCAAGGCGAUUAAGAAUGGGGUUGAUCCAAUCCCUGCUCAAGGUGGGCUGGGAGGUGCUUAUUAUUUUAGAAAUGUUCGUGGUGACAGUGUGGCAAUUGUGAAACCUACGGAUGAAGAGCCAUUUGCUCCAAACAACCCAAAGGGCUUUGUUGGUAAAGCCCUUGGGCAGCCAGGCUUAAAGCGAUCUGUUAGAGUUGGUGAAACUGGGUUUCGCGAAGUUGCUGCAUAUCUACUCGACUAUGAUAAUUUUGCAAAUGUGCCUCCUACCUCAUUGGUGAAGAUUACUCACUCAAUCUUCAACAUCAAUGAUGGUGUGAAUGCAAACAGGCCACAGACCAAGAAGCUUGUAAGCAAAAUUGCAUCCUUCCAGCAGUACAUCCCACAUGAUUUUGAUGCUAGUGACCAUGGGACCUCAAGUUUCCCUGUUUCUUCUGUGCAUCGGAUUGGGAUUCUAGACAUUAGGAUUUUUAACACAGAUAGGCAUGCUGGUAAUCUUUUAGUUAGGAAACUUGAUGAUGUAGGCAGGUUUGGUCAAGUGGAACUUAUCCCCAUUGAUCAUGGCCUCUGCUUGCCUGAGAGUUUGGAAGAUCCAUAUUUUGAGUGGAUUCAUUGGCCCCAGGCUUCCAUUCCUUUCUCAGAUGAUGAACUUGAGUACAUAAGCAAUCUUGAUCCUGCUCGUGAUUCAGAGAUGCUGCGAAGUGAGCUUCCCAUGAUCCGGGAGGCUUGUUUGCGCGUCCUGCAUCUGUGCACCAUUUUCCUCAAGGAGGCUGCUACAUAUGGGCUGUGUUUGGCUGAGAUUGGGGAAAUGAUGAGUAGGGAGUUCCGCAAUGGUGAGGAGGAACCGAGCGAUCUUGAGGUUAUAUGCAUUGAGGCAAGAAGGCUUAUUACUGAGGAGGUCUUUUCCCCCAGAGGUGAAUCAGAUGAUGAUGGCUUCCUAUUUGACAUAGAUUGUGAAGAUGGUGGCUAUGAGUUAACCCAGAAAUCGUCAUCUGAAGUCUCUGCAUCAGCCUUCCAUUUUGGUAAUGGCCAUGCUCUACUUUCUAGACUCGAGGAAGGCCCAGAGGAAGAAGAGGAAAGCGAAGGAGAUGAGGAGAAGGAGUUAGUUAGUCCUCCAACCUUAGCGAAGAACCAAAGUAUUUCCAAACUGUCUAUGUCACUGAAAUAUACUAGCUUAGGUGAGAAGAAGCAGCCCAAGUUCCCAAAGUUUGCAGCGUCCAAAUCUGACAAUGCUGCCUCCUCAUCUAGCCGGAGGAGCGCAAACGAGCAACUCCCAGCAAGCAGCAGCUUUGUGAAGCUAGCGGACAUGAAGGAUGACAAGUGGGCGCUGUUUCUGGAGAAGGUUCAAGAGCUGCUUCACCCUGCAUUCGCCAAGCGCAAGUCUAUCACGCUCGGCCAGAAGCAGAGGCAGAGGCUCGGAACUUCUUGCCAGUUUUGAGACAUCAAGGUAUGGCUACGUACGUAUGUUUGUUAUAGUAGAAUGAAAGCAAAAAAGGGCAGGCUUGUUAUAGGGUAGAUUUGGUUUGUGCUUUCUUCCUCGAGUUGUGAUGGGAGGGGAGCCGCGGUUAGAUGCGGUGGCGUGUAAAUAUUCUUUGGAGUUCGAUGAAUGAAUGAAAGGAAAAGCGAGUGUAGUUUGGUUGUAUCUGAAAUGAUAUUUGUUUGAUAAAUAAUUUGUAGACUGAAAUCUUGGAAAAGAAAAUCCAUCUUUGUACAUACAUCAUCUUUGCUCUUAUAUGAAUAGUGUAGUCUUUGUUUUA